ACUCACUUGUGAACGAUCAAUCCCCCGAAGAGACGAAGCAAACUAGAGGCCAGAAUUUGACUAUCACUAUCCCGACUAAAUCCCAACCAUUGUUCAACCCGUCGUUGAAGCAAGAUGUCAGAUUCAACCAUCAAGUGGCUGAACGUCCCAUUGAUCCCGACUCUCGUGAUUUGGCACGUACCCAGUUCAAGCUUCGCAAGGGGGCUCUGUGGAACAUGGCCAACAAAGAUCUUGAAGAAAUCUUUCUCCAUGCAACCCUUUUGUUCGAAUCAGAAUUUCUGGACUUAAUUUUCUGUGAGGAGGAUGAGGUCAAAACAUGGCUCGACCGACACGGCAAUCGUCUCAUUCAGCGCUCCAUGCAAAAAUGGACCCGGGCAAAUGACGCACUCAAGAACGCUGGCAUUCGGCCUUGCGAAAUUAACGAAGAGGUCAGAGAUAUUUUUGCAUUGAUGACUCCACAAGAGCAAGCGGAAUUCAUCAAAAGAUACCAAAAGCUAUUUGCGCUUGUCAAGUCUUCUCAAGAAGGACUUCAUCUAACCCCGUCAGAGAUGGAGCAUUUCAGUAAAUUAUCUCUUGCAGAUAAAUACGACUUCAUCGAGGAGUACAAGACCAGGAAAGAGGAGCGCGAAAAGAUAGUCAGAAGGAAUACGGCCAUCUUUACAGCGAAAUUACGACGAACUCACCGCGAGUCGGAUGAGUUGCCUUUCGCAGAUUGCUCCAGCCCCGCCUCUCUUCAAUCCUUGAAUGGUCUAACUCCUAAGACCCUCCGCAUGUCAGCCAAUACCACUGUGGAUAACUUGCAUAUCAAGUUUCUGCAAUCUGGCAUGGGCCAAGAGAAGGUUGGACCUUUGGAUUCUUUAUCGACUUCUACUAAUGAUCUGCCGACCCCUCUCUUCGCGUCCCCAGUGAUGACAAAAGCCGACAGCAAAGUUGAUUCUUCUGAUGAACAGCAGACACAACGGCGUCCCACUACCUUUACCGGAGAUGGUCGCACCCGCCACUGGAAAUGCGAUGAGGCCAAGACCACUGACAAGUUGGUAAAAUCGAACCAAAUCUCGGGCUUGGUUGUAAAAUAUGAUACCGGCUUCGGUUCGGAGGAGAGUUUUAUCAAUGUCCGCGAGCUUCUGGCUUCAGAUGAAGAAGAGACAUCUGAAAUUGUGAAACAGGCGGUGGAGAUCAAGUCAUAUGCGGAAGCCCUGAAGCAGGACCUCAAGCAGGAAGUGAGCACCAACAAUCUCGAGAGCAAGGUGCUCGACAAUCCCUUUCAGGAUUGUAGCCGAGUUGCAACAUCACUGCUCAGAGAGGUACUGAACCACCAGAACGACCACAAGGAAGACGUCGACACGGAGGAAGAUGACACACCUGAGCCACUCUGGUCCAAGCUUGUGUUGGUAAGAUCACCAAGAAAGGAGUGGCUUGGGCUGCACCCCGGCGCAAAAGUAGCUGUCCCAUCGCCACCGCCGACAGAGCACAGUGCCGAGGGAGUCAUAUCACCAGUCACCUCCGAACACCCGCUGGUCGAUGAGCAGCCCUUGAAUAAUCUGUGCACCCAAAAUCCCCUGCCAGUUGCGACUGCGAAUCCAACCGUUGCAGGCACAAAAUCCGAACCAUGCACUCCUGGCACUUGUGGGUACCGUGAUAUCCUUACGAAAGACCUCGAAAAAUGUACGUUUCAGGUCGAGGUCCUCAGCAGCCCCCAUGCAAAGGCUCCAUGCACUCGCAGCCCUUCAAUCAGCUAUGUCACACCUCCUCGUUGGUUGCGCCGUUCAUUUCGUGGGUCGCCAUCAGCCAAUAGCCCAGAGUGUGAUUUGAAGAAGGAUAAUCUUUCCGAGCAGAGUCCUAGGAGUUUGAGAAAGAAAUUUAGCACCUUGUUCGGUCGGUCCUUGACAUCGCGGAGAAGUCGAGGCGCUUUGAAGGAUUUGAGCUAUGAUUGAGUUCCUGUAUCAGUUGGGGUGUGAAUUAAUGAUGGUGUGUCGGUGGGUAAGUCAAGAGGACUUAUGAGAGGCUCUUGAUUUUGAGGGCUAGAGGGGUUUUGGGAUCGAGAUAAAUGGCCCUUA